AUGGAAGUUGACGUUUCCAAGUUUAACAUUGAUGCCCCAAGAUGGGACCAGAGUACGUUCAUGGGCAGGCUGAAGCACUUCUUCAACAUUACGGACCCCAGGACGGUAGUUGUGUCAGAGCAAGAGCUGGACAAAGCCAAAAUUCUCGUUGAAGCAUGCAGAGCAGGUGUCACGCCACCCGGCACCAGUGUGGAGCAACUUCAUUACGCCAAGAAGCUAUACGACUCUGCCUUCCACCCUGACACUGGCGACAAGAUGAACCUAAUCGGAAGAAUGUCUUUCCAGGUUCCAGGAGGGAUGGCGAUCACCGGAUGCAUGCUACAGUUUUACAGGACGGUUCCCGCAGUAGUGUUUUGGCAGUGGGUUAACCAGUCUUUUAACGCACUUGUAAACUAUACCAACCGAAAUGCCGCCUCUCCCAUCACUCCUGGCCAGAUUGGAGUUGCCUACGUGACGGCCACUGGAACUGCUCUAGCCACUGCAGUUGGACUUAACCUGUAUACUAAGAGAGCGCCACCGUUGAUUGCCCGUUGGGUUCCCUUUGCUGCUGUCGCCGCUGCCAAUUGUGUGAACAUUCCUAUGAUGAGACAACAAGAAAUUCUUAAUGGUAUUGCGAUCACAGAUGAAAAUGAUAACAAGCUCGGACACUCAAGGAAAGCUGCCAUCAAGGGUAUUAGUCAGGUGGUUGUCUCCAGAAUUGCCAUGGCUGCUCCUGGGAUGAUACUGCUGCCAAUUCUGAUGCAAAGAUUGGAGGCAUUUCCCUUUAUGAAGAGAAUCCAUUUUCUCCAUGCUCCUCUGCAAGUCACAUUGGCUGGUGGAUUCUUGCUAUUCAUGGUUCCCGUUGCCUGCUCAUUGUUUCCACAACGAUGUUCAAUGGCCGUGAACAGUCUGGAACCUGAGCUUCGAGAUUCCAUCAGGAACCAAUAUGGAGACAAAGUUCAAUAUGUUUAUUUUAAUAAAGGCUUGUAACCAUUGGAAGUAAAAAACUUGAAACCAGUUUCAUUCUGAAGAGAAAAUGAUGUUACAGUCUUAUCAUAGGAGAUGAACCUUGAAUAUGCAAAAAUACAGGAAAAGACGUUUUUUUUUUUUUUUUUAAAGCUGACUGAUAUCCCUGUGCAUUUUUAUACAGUUAAGCCUCAUUCACACAUCCGUGUCCGUGCUCAAAUCCGUGAGCAGGUGUCAGUGAUACAUCCAUGAAG